CCAGGCAGCAGUACGAAAAUUGCUGCAAAGUAAACCGGAACAUACACAGGUAAUGUUACCGUUGCAGGCAAGUUGAAGUAGGUUUAAAUGUCAGUGGAAGUGUGGCACUUACGGUAGCAAGCUGGGCGUGUGCUGGCAGCUAUAAAGUUGCAUCUGGAUGCUUAUGCCUCCGGGUCAGGUUUUUGUAUGUUUUGUUGUUAUAAUGGCUAAUUCUGUCUACUUUGGAAGUUUAACUCUUAGAGCAAAAUAUAUUAACUGUCUUGUCAUAUCAUAUGAUCAGUUUAGGAUUUUUCUUGCUAAUGGCUAUCGUCCAAUGUACUGAAAGACAAACCUUGUGACCAUAUGCAGCACAUACAGCUUUCACUACAUAAAACCAAUGGCAAUGCAAAAUAGUGAAAUGAUAAUCACUAGGAGCUAGCAUUUUCUGGAGGGGCAUACCAAGAAAACUUUUUUGGAAGAGCAAAACUUGGAUAAGCUCGUCAUUGAGGGAAGCCUCUACUCUAUAAAUUUGACAAAUUUUACACAUUUCUCUACUCCAAAAUAAGGAGAAUAGAGACGCCUAGUCAUACUAAGGAGAUGCCAAGGGAAGAGCUUGUUAUUCUCGACUGCUGGGUUAGCCCAUUUUGCAUGAGGGUGAAGAUAGCACUAGCCGAGAAAGGCCUAGAAUAUGAAGCCAGAGAGGAGGACUUGUUCGGCAAGAGCGAUUUGUUGUUCAACUCAAACCCCGUCUACAAGAAAGUUCCGGUGUUGCUGCACCAAGCCAAACCGUUAUGUGAGUCAACUAUCAUUGUUAACUACAUUGACGAGACCUGGCCUUCACCUCCGCUGCUCCCACCUUGUUCAUAUGGGCGAGCUCAGGCACGCUUUUGGGCUGACUUUAUUGACAAAAAGGUAUUUGAUGCAGGCUGUAAUAUAUGGAGAAGCAAAGGGGAGGCACCAGAGGAAGCUAAAAGGGAGGUCAUAGGGAUUUUGAAGCAGCUAGAGGAAGCCUUAGGGGAGAAGGCUUUCUUCGGUGGUAAUACAUUUGGAUUUGUGGACAUCAUAGCAGUCCCUCUAACAAGCUGGUUCUACGCCAUUGAGAAGUUUGGGAACUUUAAGGUGGAGGAUGAGUGCCCCAAAUUCUCAGCUUGGAUGAAGAGGUGCAUGCAAAGAGAGACUGUUGCCAAAGUUCUUCCAGACCCCGAAAAGGUCUAUGAAUUUCUCAUCAUGUUUAGGAAGAUGCAGGGCAUCGACUAAAGGAAUGCAUUCACCCACGCCCUCUUACUCUUCCCUCAUCUUGCUGCAGUUCGGACACCCUUUCUUCCCUCUCAUAAGUCAUAAGGAGGAGAAAAAUAAAUUAGGGGAAGCAAUAAUUGUCUUUUGAUUUGCUUUUAUCUUGGGAAAGUAUAAAUAAACUUCAUUGAUUAAAAUGACAAGGCCAGGCGAUGGUAAGUGAGGCGGUAGCGGUGCCCUCUGGAAUUGCUACGAGAAGCGAUUCACACUCAUUCUGAUGCCUUUCAG